AUGGGAAUGACUCCAAUUAUCAGCCGUAACUCCGACACACUUUCCUGGACCCGACCUUCACAGCCCAAAAUCGAGAUCCAGCUGGUCGGCCAGCAGCCUCGCAUCGUCAACUCAUAUACCACCGGCGACCAAAUCAAUGGUACCGCCAUCAUCACCGUUGAACAUGAAACGCCUUUCGACGAGGUUGAAAUCGUGCUGCAAGGCUCGUCACACACGACCAUCGAUCACGUUCCGUGUGGCCGCGUAGGGUCAGAGCAGAUAUUUCUCGAGCUCCGCCAACCAAUUGAGGAGACUGCGUAUCUGAUUCCAGAGGUUCUAGAGCCUGGUCGCUCAUACUCGUUUUCUUUCGGAUUCGUUGUGCCAGAUCGUUUGCUGCCACAGGCCUGCACGCACGCACGGAUAAACCCCCUCGUUCACCGUGCACACACUAUGCUUCCGCCGACGUUGGGUGACCCUAUGCUAGCCGGUGAUGGGAAAACCUUCCUAGAUGAUCUAGCUCCCGAUAUGAGCCGAAUUUCGUACAUUAUCCGUGUCGGUGUAUUUAUGAAGUCCCCGUCAGAUCACCGCCAGCUCAACCCUUUGGCAAUCAUUGCCAAAAAGGUCCGCAUUAUUCCAACUGUGGAAGAGGAACCCCCCAUCAAUGUUCUCGGUCAUCCAUACUACUGUACGAGCAAGGGAAAGAGUGGACGGUAUGGACCCCUGCGAACCAAACUGGGCCGGCUGCUCGUUUCCUCAUCGCAACCUAAGCCAAUCCGCUUACUCCCUCCAAGUUAUCCCCGCCAUAAUGUGAGCACUGUUGCGAUAGUACGCCUCCGAUUCGACCCAGUGGGUAACGAGCAGCCCCCUCAACUUGGAUCGAUUACCAGCAAGCUUAAGGCGAGCACUUUCUAUAGUGCAACUCCUCGGGCGGAUUUCCCUUGUCAGUCCGGUACGAUAUCAUCCGGGCAAGGCGGCCAGGGCCUAUUCUCUGAGUCUAUCCCGCUGUUGACCAUGUGUGUCUCCUCAGCUCAAUGGGAGAAGCACUCGAUGUCAUCUGAAUCUGACCGCCGCGAGUCAAUACACCUUAUCACUUCCGAAAACUUGGACGACCCGGCUGUAUCAUUCUUUAAGGACAACUAUUAUACCACCUCGGUCAUCAUCCCUAUCACCAUCCCUAGCUCUAAGACCUUUGUUCCAACCUUCCACUCCUGCCUGGUAUCCCGCACCUACUCGCUGGACCUCUCGUUGACCUACCAUACUCCUGGCAUGAACAUCCUGACACCGACUAUUUCUCUCUGUGUCCCGAUCCAGAUCACUACCUAG